AUGGCACUAAACAAAUUUCAACAAUUCCGCCGCAGUAAGCACCUUGUGACCUUCACCUUCUUCCUGGCUCAAGUAACAGACGACAUGUCAAUGACACUGCUCCAGUCCCUUGCACCGGCAUUGAUAAAAUAUUACGAAUAUGUCAAGUAUACCGUCCCAGCAUUAACAAAUUCCUCAUCCGUGGCAUAUUCCAAGUCUCAAUUUCAACAGCAAAGAUUCCUGGAGGCAAGGAAUGUUGAUGGAAAUGUUUCAGGGGCAGACGCACAAGGAAAUGUUUACUACUGUGAGAAGCACUCAUCUGAGCCACAAUGUUUUCCUGAGAAAAGGAUAAUGCAAGUUAUUUCACCAAUGGUAGGGUACCUGGCAACCGUCGGGCCGUGCCUACAGAUCAUUUUCAAUCCAAUCAUAGGCAUCGUCUGCUCCAAGAUCGGCCACCGUCUGCCUUUUAUGAUCGGGGCAGUUUUUCAGACUGCUGGAGGCUUCAUGUUCCUCUUCGCUCCAAACACUCCCAUCCUAUUCAUCGGUCGUGGAAUACAGGCAAUCACCUCCGAUCUUUGCUGCAUCAGCGGACUAGUCAUGGUAGGCACACUUUUUACCGACGCUGCAGAAAGGGCAAAGGUUUUGAUGUUGUCGCUUGCAUCAUCUUUUCCAGUUGCUGCCCUUCUGAGUUUUUUCGUCGGAAAUACCGGAUAUGAUAUCUGCGGAUUUUCUCUGCCAUUUGGAAUACUCGUCGCGUUGAGUAUUCUUGAUGGCGUGCUCCGCUUUGUGUUGGAUACAAGUCCGUAUAUGACACCAUACGACAUAGGCCUAAUAGGGGUGAGAAAUGGGAGCGAGAACUUGAAUGAAAUCGAAGAAGCAGGUAUCAAUGGAAGGAAAAGAGCAGACGUGAGUGCAAAGAAAGAAACAGACGUCAGUAAGAAUGAAGAGACAACGCCGGUAGUGUCCAAACAGAGAAAAGGAACCUACUCGGCCUACCUCACAGACUGGUACAUUUUAAUCCCAAACCUGAUGGUGUUUACAGAAGCUUUCGCAUUCAAUAUGUCAUCAUUAACAGCGCCGAACUGGUUGACAAAUGUCCUGCACGGGAAACAAUGGCAGCUAGGUGUUCUAUUGGGAGUGGCAAGCAUUUUUCAACUGGCAAUGAACAUCUUUACUGGAAUCAUCGUGACGAAUCAGACCACCUGGUUGAUGACGUUUAUUGGAUUCUUAUCCUUGACUAUUGGUUUGGUAGUCUACCCACUUUGCACUGAUGUAUGGCAAGCAGUCGUACCGGAGAUAUUGAUCAGAGUGGCUCACGGCCUGUCCAUAGGACUGCUUUCCAAUUUCAUAUCCUCUGUGGCGAAAGUUAACUAUGGGGGAGAAACUGCCAAAGCGUUUACUCUCUACGUUGGAUGCUGUACCCUGGGGGCGGGAGUGGGACCCCUGUUUGCCGGACUCCUCUUGAAAUACAUGCCAUUUAUGGUGAUCUAUUAUUCAGUAGCAGUGGUGGCCUUUGGCACAGGGUUUGGAACAUUUCUUCUCAGGAGAUUUCAUAUACAGAAUUUUUAUUGA